GAUUAGAAACCAAAGGCUCGAGUUCCAGGACUGGGAUCAGCAGCAACUGUGUGACUGUAACUAGUGACACUGAUACAGACUCUAAAGGUAAACAGUUUAGAUGACACCGCCUCCGGCCGUCAAGGGAGGGCAUAUCUGGAGGUACUCUGAUAUGGGGUGUGCUUUAGAUUUUGGACCGAGCCGUUUGUUUUGGAGAGAUGACCGAUGAGGGAAUGAUUAACCUGGCUGGCAAUGAUGAUGCAUGUGUGUGUGUCAUUGUCAGUGUGUGUGUACAUGACAGGAGGUGAAGGUCUGGAUGAGGGACACACUUCAACAAGAGCAUCUGAGCAGGAGCACACACUGUAACGGUGUCUAUUGUCCUGCAUUAUUGGUGUUUUAAGUGGAACAUCUUUUGCACCAGGCAGCAUAUCAAACUCAAAAGGAUUGUGAUUCUUCUACAAAAGUGUUUUUUGGCUGCCUGGGUCCAAUGCAGCCACCAGAGUAAAGUGCUCAUUAAAAGUACAGCAGCGGCGGCACAACAGCUGCGACUAUGUCAAGGUCUGAGGGAGCAGUCCGAGAGAAGCAGGAGCAGGUUCAACAGUGCUGAAUACAAUCUGUACAGGCUGCUGUGUCUUCUUCUUCAUCUUCGUCCACCUCCUCAUCCUCUGCUCCAGCUGCAACUUCAGCUCCUGCAGCAAACCAACAUAAUCAGAUCAUCAACUAGUCCAACGUCUGGCUCUUCACCAAUCUGCGGCAGUCUCAGUUGUUGCCAUGGCGUCAGCAGCUCUGGAGCUGAUGGGUUUCUUCCUGGGCCUGCUGGGGAUGCUGGGCACCAUGGUCGCCACGGUGCUUCCAUACUGGCAGAUUUCCGCCCACAUCGGCUCCAACAUCGUCACGGCGGUGGCCAACAUGAGGGGCCUGUGGAUGGAGUGCGUCUACCAGAGCACGGGGGCCUUCCAGUGCGAGACCUACAACUCCAUGCUGGCCCUGUCCUCCGACCUGCAGGCCUCUCGCGCCCUCAUGGUCAUCUCCCUUGUGCUGUCUGUACUCGCCAUCGCCAUGGCGCCCUUGGGGAUGCAGUGUACUCUCUGCUUGGAUGGCUCAGGCGCAGUUAAGAGUCGUGUGGCAGGCGCCAGCGGGUGCUUAUUCCUCGCUUCGGGCUUCCUGUCACUUAUACCGGUGGCGUGGACCACACACGAGGUGGUCCAGACCUUCUAUCGACCCAACGUACCGUCCAGCCUGAAGUUUGAGCUGGGGGAGUGUCUUUACGUCGGUCUGGCCUCUGCGCUCAUCUCCAUGCUGGGAGGGGGGAUGCUGUGUGCGUCGUGCUGCGAGGUACAGGACGGCGGGCGCGGGAGACGGCCCGGCGGAGGGUACCCAUAUCCGGUAGGAGGUGGCAUGCCGGGCACAGGGCUACGGGCUACCACACAGACCUACCACAACCCCACCCUGCAGGCGGGGGGCGUCAACGCAGCCAGCAGGGGGCAGACGUUGCUCCGCACUACCAGUCAAAGCUCCCAGUGCAGCGCACAUGGAGUCCAGGGAGCCAAGAAUCCCCGGGCGGCAGGAUAUGACAUCACAGGAUACGUCUGAGGUUACUGUCACUCCUUCCCACCUUUAAACGUGGUCCCCUGACAACUCACCUUCAACUACAUGUAUCUAUGUUGUGUAUUUAAUCGAAUGUUGUCACUAUAUGCUUGACGGAGCAACAGGACAAAUUAAAUACACGACAUACAAACGAGUCAACUUGUCACAGUGUGUUCGAUGGCCUUUCUGCAACCUGGGCUGGCUUCUUUUUAAAGCUUUUUCAAAAGUUUGUUAAAUAAAAUGGAAUUGUGGCAUUUCAGUGGAGGACAGUUUAAAGUGUAACGAUGACAAACUAGGCUCUGAUCAGACAGAGAGGGGUUUUGUAAGUUGAAAAAGCCGGACACACCACACUACCUUUUUUUGUUGUUGUUGAAGACGCUAGAUCAGACGGAGCGUCUUUUGCAGUUUGCUGCGUCUUUUUUAAAAACAUUGUUGCUAGGCAACCACCGAUGAGUGCUAACAUUAUCUUAACACAAACUGCUACCUAAUAGUUAAUAGUAUAUUUUAAGUCAAUGAAAACAACUUAACUGAAAUCCCAAGCAGCUACCGCACUAAUUUGCCUCCUGCUGUUUUCUGUUCAGAUCCUGGUAACUACGGUGGGUAAAUCCAUAUAGAUCCGGGUGAGAAAAAAAUUCUAAUGACGUCGGGUGCUUUUCUGCUCUUAGUUGAAUUUUUUUCAGGGUGCUCUUGCGUGUGUCUAGAAGGUUACCCACAAGUUGCAAACUCUUGCAAGACUCGCUGCCUGGCGACCUAUCCUAACCGUAACCAUUCGAGGUCAAUGCCUAACCUUAAAGGUGCUAAAUACAGGAUUGGGAGCAUUUCUAAUGUCUCUCAACGGGUCUCAACAAAGCGACGGCGAUCUGUGGCUCAGUGCAAACGGUGCUAAACAGUGCAAACAACAGCAAAAGUCCUGACAGAGCUAACAGUGUUAACCUGACGGUGGGUGCUACGCUUCCGCGACGACGCUGUCGGUCGGGACAGCGCUCUCAGCUGUAACCGCCGUAUGAGAGCAGUGCAGAGCAGUGCAGAGCAGUGCAGAGCAGCGGCCGUGAGCUAGCAGUGGGGCACGCUCAUAUGCACUCACAUGCAUGUGGUGCCGGCCCAAUGUCAACGAAGAGAAGCUCUGAUUACACACAGAGGGAGAGAGACUUCCUUCUCUGCUCAGGUAGACAUUACUCCUCUAUACCUUUACAUAGACAAUAGUUGACAUAUUAAAAUGCUCUGAAUAUCGAAUUUAGCACCUUUAACUAUUUGAGGUCUAUGCCUAACCUACCAUCUCGCGGGAGUUUCGCAACUUGUCGGUUACCUUCUAGACACGGCCUGCAAAAACGCAGGUUACAUAGAGCGGAAAAGUGCGAGGCGCUCAGCAACGCAAAAGCAGCGCGCAACACGCUUCACUCUCAUUGAAAAUAAUUACAAAAACCCAGGCAGCUAAAACACGCUCCUUUCUGUCUGCAACUAUUUUACAGUCUUUUCUCUGUACAUGUUUGAUCUUCUACUCUGACAACAACUCAUCUGUUAUGUAGAGAAAUCACAUAAAUAUGCAAACUGCACGCACACACACGCACACACACAC